GCGGUCAUCAGGCUCCGUGUCCACCGCACAUCUUACCAGACCCAUUCCAAUCUCCACAACCUGCACCAUGUCCUUUCGAAAGAUUGACAUCGACGCGUAUGACGAGGACGUUAUUCAAGAGACUGAGCUCGUUGAGCCCGAUCCUCGCGAUCCCACCCAGGUCCUCGCAGACGCCAAACAGAAGCAGGCAGAUGUGCGCAGCGCACUGGCUAGGAACGACGUAACGGGGGCUUUGAGCAUUGCGUUGGACCAGGCGCCAUACGGGCCGAAUGUUGAUGAGGCUAAGAACCUGACCCUUCAAACGGUCGUCUCAAUCCUCAACAGCACACGAUCAGCUGACAUCCCUGCCGUGCUCAAGGAUCUCUCUGUUGAGAACCAGGACACGUUGAUGAAGUAUCUUUACAAGGGGAUGGCUAUGCCAGGAUGGGGAGAUGUCUCGGGAAGCGUGUUGCUGAUAUGGCACGAGAAGUUAACAGAAGUCGCGGGCACUGGUUGCAUCGUGCGGGUGAUGACAGACCGGAGAACUGUGUAAACUGUACUAUCUUCUUCAUCUUUGUAUCAUUCAUGUCACUCUACGACAUAGAUUCGGAUUUCCUUUCAGUAGCGGCCGUACGCGAAGCCCCGAGCAUCCCAGCUUCUGCCAGAUGAUCGGUUACUUCCUGUCGCGAACGCCUCCUGGGAAUAGCAGGGGAUCUCCCUCCCUCACACCACUAGAGUUUAUCUCACAAAACCAAAGCAUAUUGUAAC